GAGGAGGCUAUUUCUUCAACUAAAGAUCCUCUAUCAGAAGUCUGACUCAAGUCUGUUGCGAGAUUUUCCAAUUUCCACUAGAUAUCUGUUCUGUGGGUGCAAUAGUGACUUCGUGGCUGGACAUCAGCGCAAGCAGACUGAGGGGAUCACUUACGGACACAGAAAAGCUGACAUAUUUUAUACUUUUUAUUUUUUUCCCUUCGUCGGGAGUACAUUUGUCCUUUUUGCGUGAACAGGCAUCCUGCUUUGCUCUGCCUUUCAGAUAAUGCCGGACUUUUGACUACAUUUCGCCCCAAAGAGCUUACUGUGGAAUGAUUAUUCGGGUUUGUUUCGGUCCAGCGGAGGAUUGACACAUUGGGUCCGGAAUGCGUCCGUUCGUGUUGUAGCUCCAUGUAACUUAGUUUUCGAGCCAACCAGCUACUGGAUAGCCUACGAGGAGGCGAGCGUAAUUCGUUGUAAAUGGAUCGCCAUUCCAGUUUCAUUUCUAUUUGGCUACAAUUGGAACUAUGUGCCAUGGCGGUUCUUCUCACUAAAGGGGAAAUAAGGUGUUACUGUGAUGCGCCGCACUGCGUAGCCACUGGCUACAUGUGCAAGUCGGAGCUCAACGCCUGUUUCACCAAGGUGCUGGACCCGUUCAACACCAACUCGCCGCUCACGCACGGCUGUCUGGACCCGGUCGCAAACGCGGCCGACGUGUGCAGUGGUCCCUCCAAGAGCUCAGAAAUUUUUGCUCCCCUCUCGGCCACACUGGAGUGCUGCCACGAUGACAUGUGCAACUACAGAGGCCUGCACGAUGUGGCACAUACAAGAGAGUCACCAGACCAUGGGCGCUACCCUCCGGAGAGCGGCAACCGGAACCUGGUGACGCGGGUGCAGGAGCUGGCCUCGGCCAAGGAGGUGUGGUUCCGCGCGGCGGUGAUCGCCGUGCCCAUCGCCGGCGGCCUCAUCCUGGUGCUGCUUAUCAUGCUGGCCCUGCGCAUGCUGCGCAGCGAGAACAAGCGGCUGCGCGACCAGCGGCAGCAGAUGCUGUCGCGGCUCCACUACAGCUUCCACGGCCACCACACCAAGAAGGGCCACGUGGCCAAGCUGGACCUGGAGUGCAUGGUGCCCGUCACGGGCCACGAGAACUGCUGCCUCACCUGCGACAAGAUGCGCCAGGCGGACCACGGGGCGGGCAACGACAAGAUCCUGUCGCUGGUGCACUGGGGGAUGUACAGCGGGCACGGGAAGCUGGAGUUUGUAUGACUCGGGUGUUGUUCUUCCUGUCGGAGGAGGGAUUACUCAGCCGCGCGUUUGGCUGGCUGGCUGGAGGACAGACACAGACGGACUGACUGUUCCGCAGGCGUAAACGUGGCGCCAAGAUGGCACCUCCCUCGCCCCUUUGGUUCUUUUUCAUUCCCCGACCCCAUACCCCAAACAAAACAAAACAGAAUUUUCAAAGACCUGCCCACGUUUUUGUUUCAUCUGUUAUAACAAAAAUAUAAAGAGUGAUCUCAUGCUGUUUUUUUAAAAGUUUGUUUUGCUAAAGGAGCACUUUACUUGAAGAUGAAAGGCGAAAACCAAUAGGGAGCUGUAUUUGAACUUGAGAGGGCGGGACUGAGAUGAAGACAGAGCUUUGUCAUUCGCCCCUGAGGAUCCUGGACUUUUUUACACUGAACGCUGAAGGAUUCCAAAUCUGUCUUAUUUUGCACAUUUUUGAAUAAAAUCAAACAAACUGUAAAGUGGUCUUUGCCUAAACGAAGAAUUUUUACACUGACGCCAGGGUACAAAUAAACGACUUGUUUGAGGAUUGAAUUAAAACUAAACAAGUUCAGAAUUCAGUGUUUGAACAGUUGUGCGCACUCCUACGUGCACAUAUAACGAUUCAAGCCUGUUGUAAAGAUUUUAAAUAUAUAUAUGCUGUGUGGCUCGUUUUGGGUGAAUGUCCAACAUCUCUUUGUCGUCAGACUAUAAGCUUGAUUGUGAGUGUGAAUGAGAACGAAAAACAACCAUUAAAAGUGACUUUUUAUUUA